AGAGAGCAGGCGAGUCGGGCGGAUCGGGUGGGUAGAGUGGUGCCGUCCGGUUGUUUGGUGGGAGGUACGUAAGGCCGCUCUGGGCACGUGGGCGCCCAUUUCACUGGCUCGUUCGGUUUUAGGAGCAGAUCCGGGGUAGAGGGAAGAGAGCUCCGGGUCAGGGGCUGCUGUCGCCGCCGCCGUCCGAGAGUCAGCCCGCCAGCCCACUAGCCAGUGCUUCGCGGGCCCUGCCGGUCACGGUAAGCGGGCCUGCGCUUACCGGAAAGAGGAGCGUAAGACGGAAGAGUAUCAGAUCAAACAUUGUCUGGCCUGCACUGUAAAACUAGUUAGCUGACGACGACUUCUCAGGUUUCUUCAAGAUGCCUGCAGCACUUGUGGAGAAUAGCCAGGUUAUCUGUGAAGUAUGGGCCAGUAAUCUAGAAGAAGAGAUGAGGAAGAUCCGAGAAAUCGUGCUCAGUUACAGUUAUAUUGCCAUGGACACAGAAUUUCCAGGUGUUGUGGUGCGACCAAUUGGUGAAUUUCGUAGUUCCAUAGAUUACCAGUAUCAGCUUCUGCGGUGCAAUGUUGACCUUUUAAAAAUUAUCCAGCUGGGCCUUACAUUCACAAAUGAGAAGGGAGAAUAUCCUUCUGGAAUCAAUACUUGGCAGUUCAAUUUCAAAUUUAACCUUACAGAGGACAUGUACUCCCAGGAUUCCAUAGAUCUCCUUGCUAACUCAGGACUACAGUUUCAGAAGCAUGAAGAGGAAGGGAUUGACACACUGCACUUUGCAGAACUGCUUAUGACAUCAGGAGUGGUUCUCUGUGACAAUGUCAAAUGGCUUUCAUUUCAUAGUGGCUAUGAUUUUGGCUAUAUGGUAAAGUUGCUUACAGAUUCUCGUUUGCCAGAAGAGGAACAUGAAUUCUUUCAUAUUCUGAACCUUUUCUUCCCAUCCAUUUAUGAUGUGAAAUACCUGAUGAAGAGUUGCAAAAAUCUUAAGGGAGGUCUUCAGGAAGUUGCUGAUCAGUUGGAUUUGCAGAGGAUUGGAAGGCAGCACCAAGCAGGCUCAGACUCACUGCUGACAGGAAUGGCUUUCUUUAGGAUGAAAGAGUUGUUUUUUGAGGACAGCAUUGAUGAUGCCAAGUACUGUGGACGGCUCUAUGGCUUAGGCACAGGAGUGGCCCAGAAGCAGAAUGAGGAUGUGGACUCUGCCCAGGAGAAGAUGAGCAUCCUGGCGAUUAUCAACAACAUGCAGCAGUGAUGGCGCCAGGCUCUGCAGGUUGGGCCUGAUCCCAGAGUGGUGCUUACUGUGCUGACUGUGUACUUAUCUUCCCCAAGAGAAAAUGCUUCUUUUGAGCAAACUGUACCUACCAUCUGCAUUGAGCAGAAAGACUUUUGUUUUACUGAAGACAAAAGAUGUCUUUAUUUUAGACCCAGAAGAGAGGAGUUUGCUCUGAAUUUGUAAGUAAGUCUUCCCCAUUCCUCAUCCCUGAGCCUCUCCUCUCUGGUUGCCUCCUGCCACCAGCAUCCAUGGCUCAUUUGACACCUUUUUAAAUAUCCAGGACAAGUCUGAAACAAACUAGUAAAAUGUAUAUAACUCUUACCUGUUGUCAUUCUUUUUCUUUUAAAUUUGUUGCUAAUCUCUGAUAAUGAAGAUUCUUACUCUGAUUCUCAGCUGAGCUGUGAGGGCUUCCAGGGAAAAUGGAACAAAAUGGUGUUCUUAUGUAAUGGGUUGUAGAUACUGAGUCUUCCUUUCCUUUUCUGACCCUUCUUGAGGAUAUUUGCUUUCCUCACACUUUUGUAGUCAUUCUUUACAUAUUACUAUAUGGAAAUGAAUUGCUCUGUGCUGAAAUUUGAAGACCAGAAAAUGAAACUUAAAAGCAAACAAUUUUACUGAAUCUGUGUACCCUUCAUUCAUGAGAACUCCAGAAUGAGUGUUGACCACUGAAGCAUCUUUUAAGUCUGUGUUCCAUUGUGCCACUCAGGUUUGCCAUUGCAUACGUAUCAUCUGAAAUCAUUUGAAAUUUUUGUACACUAAAAUAUCCUGGAUUUGAUCCCAAAUGAAACUAGUAAGAUCAGAUUUUUGGGUCAUGUCUGUUGUAUUUUCAAUAAUGUGAUUUCAGAUAGUCAUCUGGAUUCUCCCACUUCUCUAUUUUCUCUACUUUUCCUUCCAGCAAACCUGAAACAUUAGGGAGAUGGAUUAAUGUGAGUACCAGGAAUGUCUUUAAAAAGCUAGAGUGGUUACGUUUAAUCAGGCAGUAAGAUAAUUUGGGUUCUUGAGUUGUUUUGGAGCAAUAUCCCACAACUGGGGUAGGAAGCUCAGGAUUUUUUUUUUUUUUUUAAAGCUAGUCAUUUCAAAAGUACAUUGUAUUUUUUUGAAUGACCACAGUAUGGACAAUUUCAAAAACCAAAACCCCCUUUGGAUUGGUGGAAAUAAAAACUGGUAACUCACUCAAGUGAAUGAAUGGUCUUGCAUUUUAAAAGCUUAUGGGAAACUCAAUUUGAAAUGAUUAAAAAAUGUCAAGUAUUAUAAGCUGGUAUUUAAGAUGCUUGUAAAUAUUAUUUAUGUUUUUAAUUUUGUAAAAUAAAGAUUUCUUUUUAACCACUGGCA